UUGAAAAAUGAGGAUAUCAAGGAGGAACUUAACAUUAAAGAGGAGAUUGAAAGUGGUUCAGAUAAUGAAGAACUCAGUGGACCCCAGACGGACUCAGAAGAUGAGGACAGUGACCCUGAACUACAAGUUAUAGAAGGUGAUGAGGGUAAGACAAAAAGAAAGGAAAAGAAAAAGAAAUCAAAAUUAACUCCUGAAGAGUUGAAAAAAAAGCUGGAACUGGAAGAGCAAAACCAUUUCCGUAAUGAGCAUGGAAUAAAAGCAGUUGGUCGUCACAUACCUAAUGCAUUGAGAGACUUCAAUGAACUGAUCACAAAAUACAAUAUAUCUCGGUCAAUGGUUGAAGUUCUGUUACAGUGUGGUUACUCUGAACCCACACCCAUUCAACGACAAGCUAUACCAUGUUUAUUGGAGAAUCGUCAAAUCGUAGCCUGUGCUCCGACUGGAUCUGGUAAGACAGCGGCAUUCCUAAUGCCUCUGUUACACAUGCUCGGAGCUCCACAGGGCGGUCCGAGAGCCCUAGUGCUCUGUCCCACAAGGGAACUGGCCAACCAAAUAUACCGUGAGGCUAUAAGACUGUCAGCAUCUACACAAUUGAGAUGUUCAGUCAUCAGGAGUCUUAAGGAAAGCAAGAUCAAGGAACGGGAAGCUACUAUAAGGAAAAGUGAUUUAGUGAUAAGUACACCAAAUCGUCUGUGUUACCUACUGAAACAGGAUACAGUGGGAAUAAACAUGGACAAGGUCCAAUGGCUGGUCAUAGAUGAAGCUGACAAGUUGUUCGAGGGUUCCCAGGAGGAGGUGGACACGUUCCGCCAACAGCUGGACGUGAUCCUCAGCAGCUGUAAGUCCCGCCUGGCCAUGUUCAGCGCCACACACACGCCAUCUAUCGCCAAGUGGGCGAGACACAACAUGAGGGGACUCAUUAACAUCACAGUCGGACACAGGAAUGCAGCUUCUUCAUCUGUGGAUCAGGAACUUCUAUUCUGUGGCAACGAGAGCGGGAAACUGGUGGCAUUCAGACAACUCAUACAAAAGGGACUCAAACCACCCGUACUAGUAUUCGUCCAAAGUAAAGAUCGCGCCAAAGAGUUGUUCAAGGAGUUGUUGUACGACGGGAUCCAGGUGGACGUCAUACACGGAGACAGGACACAGGCGCAGCGUGAUAAGGUAGUCCGUAGUUUCCGCCUGGGUCGCGUGUGGGUACUACUGUGUACGGAGCUGAUGGCGCGAGGAAUCGACUUCCGGGGGGUGAACCUCGUCAUCAAUUACGACCUACCGCCCUCCGCUAUAUCCUACAUACACAGAGUGGGGCGAGCUGGUCGCGCGGGUGCCAAGGGUCGGGCCAUCACAUUCUUCACCCAGGACGAUGUGGUCAACUUGAGGAGUAUUGCAGCCGUCAUGAAACAGUCAGGCUGUGAGGUUCCCGAGUACAUGCUGAAACUAAAACAGAACCCCAACAAGAGGAAGAGACUAGUGAAGAAGGCACCGCACAGGGAUAAGAUAUCUACGAUAGUCAAAAAACCUGAAAAACGAAAACUUGACUCCGAAGAAGAAAACAAAACUGAAAAGGACAAGACGGAGAGAAUUAGUAACGGAAAACACAGAAAACAGAGGAAAGUUGACAAUGUGAAUCAGCAUAAGAAACAUAUUAAACAAAAAGAAAAUAAACUAGGAAAUAAAAGAAAAAAGAAGCUCGGGAAAAAGAAGAAUAUUUAA